AUGCUGGACAAUGAGUGGUAUCAUCCCGGCCACAAGGAGCUCUGCGAUGACAGACUUCGUUGUCAAGAACUACUGAAGCAAUACAAUAGCCUGCCUAACAGUGAAGAACGCAACCAGAUUGCUCGCACACUCUUUGGCUCAUUUGGCGAGAAGGCCUUCAUCAACCCUGUCAUCAAGUGCGAUUAUGGCUACAACGUGUUCAUUGGAAAGAAUGCAGAGAUCAACUAUGAUUGUAUAUUCUUGGAUAUUGGUAAAAUCAAGAUUGGCGACUAUGUGUUUAUGGGUCCUGGUGUGCACAUCUAUGCUGUCAAUCAUCCACUCGAUCCUACAUUGAGAAAGACAGGUGCUGAAAUUGGCAAGGAUGUUGUUAUCGGUGACAAUGUGUGGAUUGGUGGUGGUGCCAUCAUCUGCCCAGGCGUCACUAUUGGCGAAGGAACUACUAUCGGUGCUGGAUCUGUUGUCACCAAGGAUAUUCCUGCUAAUGUGCUUGCUGUUGGUAAUCCUUGCAAGGUGAUCAAGGAGAUCACGCCUUCUUAA